CACAAAAACUUCAGCUUAAACAGUGCUUCUUAAUUAAAUGGAAUGUUUAUGCAUUUAAACGAAAUUAAUGAACCCAUUUCACAGUGCGUUGAUUGUGUUCCCAAUUUAGGGAUCCAACUAAAAAAGACUUGAAUUUUCACAACGGAACAGAGAAGAGAGAGGUUUGAAUUACAGUUUGUACUUAAAUUGUUCCUCUAUUUAUAAAUGUGAUAUGAUGUACAUGUAUGCGAUGCAAACCGGAAAUUAUUAAAAUGAAAACCAUUAGAAUGUAAUUUCCGCAGACAAAGUACUUACAUAAAAAAAAAUAAUUCAAUAAACCUUACAUCUAGAUUUUUUUUUCGAAAUGCCAUUUUGGAGGCUCCUACUAGCGUUUCAAAUAUAUUUUGGAUAUACAGGGUUUUUAGAGACUGCUGCUCAAGGAGCUGGCAGACUAUGUGAUGGGAAAAACGGAUGUUGUGCUGGAUAUACUUGGAACGAAGCACUUCAAACGUGUAAAAAGUGUGCUAUAGGUUACUAUGGGGCUGACUGUGAAGAACCCUGUCUGUAUCCGUAUUAUGGUGAAAACUGCAACGGAGAGUGUGAAUGUUUACGACAGUACUGUAAUAUGUCAGUUGGAUGUUUAUAUCAGAGAACAUCAUCUGUAGACUUGCAGCCCGAUCAAAAUGGAACGACCCAAAGUACUAGAUUUUCAUCAGGCAUGGAUUCAAAUCUUACAAAUUCAUCUCCACUUAACCCGACAAGCUCCGAUAUACAAAUACUUCCUAAUGAUUUCGGAUACAUUGUGAUAUAUAUCUGUACAGGAGGGUUUUCCUUUGUUGUUAUUGUUAUUGUUAUCAAUUGUUUACUCUAUAGACACGCUGUUCGGCGUUUCUAUUCAGUCUCUAUCACUGAUGGCGAUCGUAAUUUAGCUAGUUCCAAAUUUAAACAAAGCAAAAAUAAAAUAUUUGAAGGCAAUGCAACCAUGACAAUGUUCUAUAACAACGACACAGAUUCGUACCAUGUUCAAAUUCGAACCACAAACCAUCAAACACCAACUGACACCGUAUACCUCAAAGCUGAGGAAACAAAUCGGGAUCGAGAAGAAAAACCGGUAUAUGAAUCACUUCAGGAUGAAAUGAAAUUGACGCUACGUACUCUGUCACGCUGUCCUGAUGAACAUGAAAUAAAUGACGCAUCAAAUUCACCAGAAACUGAAAGUGAAUGUGAUACAAAUGUCAAAGAAGUAACUGUUGCCAGUGAUUCACCACACAAUGAACACCAGCAUCGCGAUGUGACUACUCAAAAUGUGUAUUUAGCAAUCCAUUAGGUUUAAUUGUAUGGUAUCGUAAAAAAUAAAUACAAUAUAAAUUAUCCUCUCAGUAAAUUGUUAUUAUUUAAACAUGUGUAUCUGUAUAUCUACAUGCACAUCUUUUCGUCUGUAUCUUUGUGUCUGUCAUUCCUUUGUCUCUUUUUGUCAAUCUUUCUUUAGAUCUAUAUCCUGGUCGGUAAUUUGCCAAAAAAGUUUAAAUUUUACGUGUAUGUAUCUUUC